CCCAAACGGAAAUUACUACUGCCAUGGUAUCAACUAGAAGAACUAUUCCGACGUCUUUCCACGGUGCUUGGAUAAAUGUCGCGACAAGAUCAGGGUACUUCCGGGCUGUGGACUGGGCUGACUUCAUCCUGUUUGUUAUCCCCACGCUUGUGGCAGAGCGUGUCCGUGACCAAGCUGCCCGUAAGGCAUUGCUUGACCUGGUGCAGACAUGCAACCUACUCAUGAGCUGGGAGUUAUCAGCAGAGGAGCAAACCUUGAUCAAAACAAAUCUCGUCGCAUGGAAUGCGUGUCUGGAAGCCUCGCUUGCUAAAAGAACGGGAAAUUGGCGAGUGCUCUCGAGCGAGACAGCCCCUAAGCUGGAAGCUGUCUUUAAUUGCUUCUUUAUGCUGGGGGCUGUCUUUAAUUGCUUCUUUAAGCUGGGAGCUGUCUUUAAUUGCUUCUUUAAGCUUGGAGGAGCUGUCUUUAAUUGCUUCUUUAAGCUGGGGCUGUCUUUAAUUGCUUCUUUAAGCUGUAGGCCUGAACCUGCAUAAAGACAGCCCUUGAGGCCGGUCUUGACGGUUGUGUGAUUGACUCUGCAAGGGAGGCGUGUCGUGUUCGUGUACCGUUGCAAGUUGACGUGAAUUCGAGAAGGAUCCGCCUUGUGCCGUCCGGGAUUUAAGCAUUUUUUUUUUGGAAAAGUUGUGUUCUUCCAACACAUACAAAACUCAAUAGUUGGCCAAUAGCUCUUAUAAAAAUAAAUAGUGUGCACUUAAAAAAUGGAUUCCCCAUUACAUCUGCAAUAAAACCAAAGACUGUAGUUGUUCAUGUCAGCG